UGAGCAGAGGAAGUCGUCAGUGGUUGUGAUACUUACGCUUUGGACAGAGUUCACAUUUGCCCACACUGAAGGCAUACACUGUGGCUGGAUUUUCUAUUUCUCCAUAGCUCUACUCUGAAGGACUUUCCUACCAGUAAUAAAGUAAUCAGGCUCAGUACUGGUUUGUCCUGUAGCUCUCUGGACACAGCACAGGCACUGGCUCCUCCAUUAUGGAAAACAAGCCUGAUGUAAAGGCCAUGAUGGCUCGCUUUCAGGGAAAUGCAUCAAGCAAAGAAGAUACCCCCUUCGCUAGUCCAGGACAACCCAAACAACCAGUCCAUGCCACACUGUCAGGGCAGGCACUGCACAUGAAAAAGCCUGUGUCAGACAGUGGUGCACCUAUUCCUCCAAAACCCUCUUUUCUUAAAAACACUCCAUCAUUUAAAAGUGACACAGUGGCCCAAGAACCAAACAAAACCAAAGCCCUGGCCAGUAAGUUUACAAACUCCCAGGAAAACACAAGUCCACCUAUUAGCAAACAUAAGUUACCCUCAAAAUCACCUUAUAUACAGCCUAUAUCACCUGAGCCUAUAGUACCUCUGUUCAAGGCUGGUGUGAGUGCUGCUGGGUCAGAGCCCAAACCGGUCUUUCUCAAACCCGUUGUGAAACCCAACUGGAUCAAAGAGGACUCCACAUCAUCUCCACCACCACCUGCGCCUAAAAUACCCACUGUGCAACCCAAACCUAACAACAAUAUUUUCAAAUUACAACAGCAAAUAGAGGCAACUGCUCUGAACACAAAGGCAGAAGUGAUCACAGACCCUGUCAUAAAACCCACAUUUCCUGUAAUCCCUGCUGUUAAACCAACCUCAAACACAAGGACUGCACAAAUCUUAGUUAGCAAAGAGCCAGCAGAGCAAGACGCCUGCGUGAGGCCAAGUGCAGCCAACAAACCGCCUCUAAAUAUCUCCGUUCCCCCUCCCAAACCUCUCGCCAGCAAGAAGCCUAGUCUGAAGAAGCCCUCCCCUCACAUUAACAACAGUGACUCCUCAGCGCCAAAGAAGAACCCACUCCCCAACAGUUUAGCCCUGGGCCCAGCUCCAGCUAAACCAAACCGACCUCCAUUUGUCAACCUAGAUGCGUUUAAGGGAGGACCCAAGACACCUGCUGAUGAUCCAAAGAGGACCAUAGCUCCGCCUCCUCCCUUUCACCCCAGUAACCAUAGCAACCAUGUGACCCCUCCACCACCCCCUGUCCCAAGUCUGCAAUCAAGAUCCAUAGAAGACAAAAAUCUAACAGAAGACUUUUAUGAUGAUGUUGAUGGACCGACCAGUGCACCACCACCUCUGCCACCAGUUCAUCCAAGCCAGAUAUCAAAGGAGAAAGAUGAGGAUGAUGACGAUGAUGGGGAAAUGUAUGAGGAUCUUGAUGAAAGAUGGGAAGAACAAAAACAGGACAAGAAAAAAGCAAAAGAUGACAAGGAAGAAAAAAAACGCUUGGAAGCCGAGAAAAAGGAACAGAAGGAACGAGAGAAGAAAGAACAAGAGGCCAGAAAGAAGUUUAAAUUGGUGGGUCCAGUGGAGGUUCUUCAGAAAGGCAAGGCUCGUGUGGACUUUAAAGGCACUAAGACUGACCUUAGUCUGAAGCAGGGAGACUCACUGGACAUCAUCCGCAUCCAGGGCAACCCUGAGGGCAAGUGGUUGGGCCGCGCACGAGAUGGAGCAAUCGGUUACGUAAAGAUAACAUCAGUGGAAAUCGACUUCAACGCUCUAAAGCAACAAGGGGCUGGGCAAGCUUAUGAACCUGAGGUCUAUGACGACAUUGAUAUGGCACCUCCUGAGAAGAGUAAAGCCAAAGGUCCUGUGGUGGCUCUCCCACCUCUUCCAGUGGAUGGAGAAGAGAUAUAUGAUGAUGUAGAUCCUAUCGUAGAUGUUAGUCCCUCAGAACCAUUGCAGUCUCCCAUGAAGCCACGUGUCUUCCAGUGGAUGCUUGAACGGAGCAGAAGAGCUCCCAGCACUAAAGUAUUGCCCCCAACAAGUCAGUUUUCAGGAGAUACAGUUCAUAAGGAAGAUGCCAUUGACGAAGACAUUUACGAUGAUGUGGACUCUCAAAAUAUGCCUCCCCCACCCAUGAUAGGCAUACCAAAGGUAGAUCCAAAGAAGCAGAAAAAGUUAGAGAAAGAAGAGAAGGAAUUCAGAAAAAAGUUUAAGUAUGAUGGAGAGAUUACGGUGCUGCAUCAGGUGACCAUCAUCCCAAAUCUAACCAACAAGAAGUGGAGUAACAAAGAGCUCUCACUCAAAGCAGGGGAGAAACUUGAUGUAAUUGUGAAACCAGUUGAUAACAAAUUCAUCUGUAGAAAUGAAGAUGGCAAAUUUGGUUAUGUAUCAACCAGCUAUGUUGCUACAGAUGAUGGAGAUAUCUAUGAUGAUAUUGGAGAUGAUGAAUGCAUCUAUGAUAACGACUGAAGAAUUAAAAAUGUCAUUGGAACUAUACUGAAUAUUAUAUUUAUUUAUAUUGUCUGCACAGAUGGUAUAGCAUCUGAAAUUUUGCAAAUGUUUGUAUAUUCAUAUAGGUCACAUAAAAAUGUAUUAUGCAUUAUGCAUUCUCUAUAGCAAUUUGAUGCACACACAUACACACACACACACAUAUAUAGACAGUUUUACCUUUUAUCUUUAUCUUUUUAUGAUAAAAUAAAUGUGUUGUUAUCUCAGCUUGAACACCUGAGUCACUUAACCUGUCUUGAAAAAGAGCAAAAAGAGCAAAGGAGAGACAAUUGUAUUUUGGAGGUAUCAGGGUAUAAAGCAAACAGUGACAUACAUUUAUAACUCACACCUUGAUGUCUACUGAAUCUAUGCACUACUGUCCUUCAAUAGAAGAUGAAGAGGAAUGAUGUUGUAAUCCUAGCCUUGUUUAGCAGCAAUCCCUGGAUUGAGGUCACAGACAAGUGGUAUAAAAUGCUGUGUGGACAGAAGCAUUACAUGAAGGCAGGGUGUUGUGUAAUGUUUUGCUUACACUAUGAACUAGAUAUAGAGCUCUUUUAUGUUUCAAAUAUAAAAUGUUGUUAAUUAUUGUUUUA